AUGAAGUUCUUCCAGUUCUUUAGCGUUCUCCUCGCCGCCGGCGCCUCUGCCAUGCCCACGGCUGCCGAUGUUCCUGAGGAGGUUGCUGGCCUCGACAAGCGCUCCGGCCCGGGCAUCGUGGCCGCCGCGGUUAAGAAGGAGGGCCUUCCGUACGUCUGGGGCGGCGGUGGCUGCAAGGGCCCGACCAAGGGUGGCUUCGACUGCUCAGGCCUCACUCAGUAUGCCGUCUGCCAGGCUCAGAAGAAGACCAUCCCCCGCACGGCUCAAACCCAGUACCACUCCAAGAUGGGCAAGCGCAUUCCCCGCAAGGAUGCCAAGGCCGGUGAUCUGCUGUUCUGGGCUACUGGAGGUAACUGCCAGAGCAAGGUCGCCCACGUCGGCAUCUACAUGAGGCCCGGCUGGAUGGUCAACGCUGCCCGCACCGGCACUCCCGUUCGCGAGCAAAAGAUCUGGACGUCCAGCGGUGGCCUCAAGAUCUGCCCGGAUGUUGUCAGAUUUUGGUAA